AUCGCCAUUGUAGCAACUUGCAAGGAGUUCUGUAAAAUACUAUAGUUAUAUGGUUUUACCUACUUAAAUCGAUGGCCUAAUGUACUGAAUCAUUAAAUGUGUGCGCAUUGUUACAAUUAAAGUUGACUGCAAAUAAGUGGCAGUAGAGUGAAUGUAUUCCUUUCAAAAAUUUCAGUUUCUAUAAGAUGUUUUGUCCCACCACAGGCGAAUAUCUGGCACUUGUGUUGGUGAGCCCUUAUGCUACAGUCUUUGCUUUCUGAAUUAUAAUUUUUGAGAAUAGUGAUCACACGACAGUUAGUUACCAGAGUAUUAUACAGUACUGGAAUUUGUAAAUGCAGGAAUCUAAUCCCGAACUGGUUCCGGCUGGUUGCCUUUCCUUAUGCACUCAUUAUAUAUCUUUCCGUAGAUAAUUUUGAAAGUCGCAUCACCAUUAAGUGGUCUUGUUGAAUCGAAUUUCUUUCCCUCUGCUAGUGGACUGUACGCUUACAUCCCGUAUUAUUUUGGAUCCAGACUUGUUUCCAACCGAAUAACCAAGCGUCAGAUAAAUGAAUACGGUCUUAGCAGCUUUCGAGCACAAAACAACGCAAGAAAUCGGCCCCAGCCACCCUAUGAGCUGGAACUUUCGCCAUCGACAGUCGCUCAUGGGCCAGACGGACAUUAUCAGCCCGAAUAUGACCUUUUGCAAAAUCCGGACUCGUACGUAUACGCCGCCAUGCAGAACCGGCUCGUCUCGAAUGAAAAUCGACCACCGUCGCAGUGUUGUCCAUGUGCUCCAGGAGGAUCAUCUUAUUCCUCUCAAAAUCUAGGAACUGCCAUGCCGAUUGCGUACAGCUCGGUGAGCAAUCCAUCACCAGAUUUUCGGUUACCGUUGAACCACCCGAUACAGAACGAUCUAAAUAUUCUGCGUUAUAACAUGAAUAACAUCAGCAGACCGAAUUAUGAUGAAACCAUAAAUCGCAACGCGCCGGUGGCACAUCCGUCGCGUACGGUUUAUCCAGCUCCGCCGUAUCCAGGCCCACACCACACGCCAGUUCCCGCACCACACUCAACUCCCCAAGCUUCCCAGCCUGUGCUUUACAACCAGCCUUCAGUAUUCGAAGCCCGACGCUACGGACCGAUGCACCCAUACCGACAACCGUAUACUCAAGCGCUAGCAAUGCCAAACCGGCAAAUUCCUCCGUAUUUUGUCCAACAAUCGUAUUCGAAUUUACCGCCUAGCCAGCCACGGGUGUACGGUGCUCGAAAAAAUUAUGGGGUAUAUGGAUAUGGAAUGCAACCGUCAUCACAUCACACUUCCAACGAGCUACGCUACGCUGACGACGGGGUCCAGCAUUCCCUGUGGUUACCAGUUACCACCGGCAGGAGGUCACUACACAAGUACUGCAGCGUCCAACAGCACUGCAUCAGGCUCUACCGCGGCCGCGCUGACUAGCAGUGCGACUGGCUCCACUUCCGAUACCGGUUCUUCCCAGAGCAGUACAGGAGAGCCUUCCUGUUCCGACGGUACUCAGGCACUGGCAGCACUGCCGCUGUGCCCAUUUGAUGCACAAGUAGCAUUCAGCGAAAAGGCAGGCGCUAAUAUGCCAGGCCUUUUUUCGAACGUGUCCCAAAAAUCAUGUUGUAUUCUGUAAUCAAACACGAACAUUUAGCUAAAUAACCUUUUUUUCAUUUUCUUUCAAAAUUGUUGUCAUGCAGUAAGUGCAGUCCGUACAUACAAAGCUCACAGCAAUAAUUUUCGGUGAUAAAAUAAUCUGGUAUCAACUUCGAAACCAGUCGUUGUUACAUAAUACUAUUCAUUGAGGUAUGCACACACGUGAAGUACAUACUCGUGAAAUUUGUUGUACUUGAUCCAUGAAGUAGCUAUGCAAAUUUUAUUUGCUCAAAUUUAACAGUUUGUCAGCGUAUUGGAUUGGGAACUUUCGGACGUAUAUUUUACUAACAUCUUACUGUCGCCAUACGUGCUCACGCUCCUGCAUUAAUCUUUUACUAAUGACUAUUCAGCUGGAUCUCGAUGGUCCCAAAUGGUAACUCAGUUUGUGGUUACCAGAAUGAGUGUGGCACUGCUGUAUUUCUUUCUGGCUAUAUCGGUAUGGGCGCAAUUUGAGCACCAACACAGUGACCGCUUUCACGAAAUUCUUACCCGCUUCCGCUCCAUUACCGGACUAAACUGUGCCAGCCGGCCGCGGCAUGAACUGUUUAUGCCGCGGGAAGUAAUAUCCCACCUGCCGAAUAUCAAAGAUUUGUAUAUUAAUCCUUUAUUCCCCAACCGGACAAAUCUGGUGCAUGUGCACAAUAUGGCGCUCAACCGGGCAUUCUUCUACAGUUUCCUGUUUCGUUAUGCGGAUGACCCGGAUGAGCCGGGAUUGAUGUACUUUUAUGUGUCCCAUUUGGCCGAUGUGGCCGCCAAUCGGGCGAUCAACGCCAGCGCGGUGUACUUCGAUGUAAACUGCAGCUAUCCUAACUGGUACCGGGAUUACUUCAAUAAGACGUUCCCGUUGUUUGCACCGCGAGCGGUUCGUGGGGAUAAUUUUAAUGAUCCCAUUAAUCCACAUCGCUACUCGACGCUGCUGAUGACCAAUGUUGAGGACUUGGGAGUCGUGACGAAUUCGCCUGCAAACUAUACGCACACGUUGUACCGUACGAACGACUGGUAUACUUCUUGGUUACCGGAUGCCGCUGCAGCCGAUUAUGCCAAAGUCACGUACACAGUUAACAUAAAAUUCGCCAACGGAACGGAACAAAACAUCGAAUUUUUUGGUCCACCCGAGCCACAAGCGGACCCCGGUCCAGUGAAAUGGACAGCGCCUUACUUCGAUUGCGGCAGGACUAAUAAAUGGCUAAUUGCGGCCGUUUCACCGGUACUUGACCUUCAUCCCAGGCAUACUUCCUGGCGGCAUUUACAACGGCACAAGUACGUUGGUGCCGUUGUAAUAGAGACGGAUCUGUUAAAAAUUGAUAUGAAUCCUUGUCCCGUUAGCGAAGGAAAUCCACUGCCCAACUGGUAUGCCGGUACUGAUCGUUGUAGGAAACGCACAACAGAAUGCGAGCCACUCCAGGGUUAUGGUCUAAAACGCGGCGGAUAUGCUUGCCGGUGCCGGCCAGGUUAUCGGCUGCCAUUCUGGCAAAUUGGUCCCUUUCAAGGAGAAAUUAUCGAAAGAGCUAUUGAAGUCGACUAUUUGGCCAAGUUCGAAUGCGAAAAAAUUGGGAACAUCCGUGUGGUUACCGAACAUGCGACUUCAUCUGACAUUUAUUUACACCGACGCCCCAGUGGUUACUUGGGGCCUCUUGGUGGGGAACGGCCCUACUCUUACCUGUUUGGAUUAGAUCCGCUAUCCAGUCCCGAAGGAUACCGAUGGCCUCUUUAUCCGUUCACAUCCAACCGAUCCCAGUUCUACGACGCUUUCGGCCAGCCUUUGGGACCUGACGGUCGACGCAUUGUUUACGGUCCGGAUGGACUGCCGGUGGUCACGCUGGCCGGCACAACCGCGGUGCCCUUUGAUUAUCUGCCCACAUGGCAGGCUUUUAAUACGCACGUCUAUCAUGGUAUUAUGAAUUUUGCAGGAUUUCCGAUGUCACCGAUAAAUUUAUCUAUUGUGGAUCCCAUUAUUCACCGAAAUGUCCGCUCGGCUACUCCCUCAUUUUGUCCGCAAUCACCCAAUCCGGCUCAAUGCGGUGUACCAUUACUCUUGCCCUUACGGUUACCCAAUAUGCUUGUGCGGCAUUCCCAUAUUAUCUCUAAUCGUGUGCUGUUGAAUACACUGCGCGCUAUGCGCUUAAUUAACCCUGAAAACUGUCGGCACUUCCGUCCGGAGCAUCUAAAAUUACAAGGCAAUGUCGCUUAUGGAAAGGAGAACCAGCUGGAAAAUCAGGCUCGGACAGCACUGCGAUUGGCGCAUUUUAUCAGCGUUUACAACCAGAUUGUUGAUCCGAGAGAGUUGUUUUUUGAACGCACGGCUGAUUUACCGCUAAAUGAACAUCAGUUAUUUUCCGAGGUAUUGGCAAACGUUAUGGGCGAUAUGCGCAUUUUGAGUAGCGGAAUUUAUUACGAAAACAGCAAGUUUCCGGGUCGCGUGCAUUUUGGACCGACGGCCGAACGCACGUCUCGAAACGCCCGGGCAUUUUUUGCCGCGGACCAGGCUGCUUUACACGCGAAUAAAGAUCGGUUUUACCUUAACCAGGAAUGGUUCAAGGCCGUUAAGGAAAGAUGGAAAGCUAGCCCGGCUUCACAGCUAACUAAAUUUGCCACCAGGAUGCGGAUUAGAGGCGAUCGUACCGGGAAAUACAGUAUAAAGUACGACCGUUAUCCCGAGCAGUAUCUUGCGCCGAUACUUGGUGACGGCCACUGGAGUGCACCGUAUUACAGCUGUCAUGGACACAUUAAAGAAUGGGUCAUAACCUAUGUCGUCCCUUUUUUUGGAUUGGACGGCAUCCGAGAUGCUGUGGAAUUCCAAGGUGUCGUUGCGGUUACGAUGCCGUUAUCGGAAAUCGACUUAAACCAAUGCGACGCUCCGUUGAAUACCCCAAACGCUUUUAGAAAUAGCCACCGUUGCGAUCACACAUCAUCUUACUGUGUUCCAAUCAUGGGCAGACGCUUCGAAAUGGGAGGAUACAAAUGCGAAUGCAAACCCGGCUAUGAGUACCCAUACAGUGAGCCGAUUAACUAUUUCGAUGGACAAGUGAUGGAAGCCGAAUGGGAAAAACAUAUGAUGGGACUACCUAACAAGUUCAGUGCGUUAAAAUGCCGAUUAGUUGGUCGUGCAACGGCAACAGUGUCACGCUUUGCUAUCAUAAUCAUAGCUGUAUUAGUGCUGCUCUUUUUUUGUUAAUUUGCAAACGUUUUACUAGAUCUAGUACAAACUUUGUUUUCAUAUAUGCAUUCUGAAGGUUUUGUAUAAUCGUAAAUCCGUAAAUUGGUGAUUAAAUCGAUCGAAGCGCA